AUGAAAAUUAAAAUCAAAAUGUUAACAUCAUCUCAAUCUAAUUUCAUCUUAUUCUCAAUCUCACUUAUCAUCAAUCUAUCAACAACAACAACAGCAGCAACCACAACUGACGUUUCUAAAAAUUCAACAUCUGAUUAUGCUUGUCGACCUAUAGGACCAUGUCAACCUUGUCCAAAAGAAGAAUUAUCAAAUCCGAUAUGUGAAAUCUUUCAAAAUCGAAGAAUGGUACAUUGUCUUUAUUUAGGAAGUUCGUCUCCUGCUUUAAUUGCUUCAAUCUUAAAUCAACCUGGUACCUAUCCGGCUGGAUUGAUCAAUAAAAGAAAUUUGAGACAUCAAAUUGAACCCACCUUUUUUUCUAAAUUAUUAAAACGAUUGAUUUCUUCAGAUCAAGUGGAAGAACCGAUCCUAAAUCAAACUACUGAUGAUCAUCAAUCAUCACAAGGAAUUGAAAAUCAAGUUGAAAUGGAUUUAGAUCAUCAAGCUUCUAUUGGUACAGCUUCGGGUGGUGCUGAAUUUCCUACUUGGGAAGCUUGUGAAAGAGUAGUAUCAAAAGAACGGGCUGAUUUUUAUGAAUUCUUUCUCUGUAAUGUCAUCAUUACUAUCCUUUCAUUAGUCACUUACGUUUUACGGACUCGAUUACUUAUCAAUCGACAGUACAGUAAACUAGCAGCAAGAAUAGGUCUUAAUCCUUCCGUCUCAAAUUAA